AUGGGCCGUGUCGAGGGACUGUGGAAAGCGUUUAAGGAAACUUGGAAACUUCCUGAAAAUGAGGCUACAAAAAAAUGGUUCAAUGAGACUGCUAACGGUCGUUGGAAAGAUGCGAAAACUAAACGAUUGAAGGCAGUCUUUGAUAGAGCUCCAGACCUUGCCACGGCUAAGGCAAAUUGUCCAAAUAGGAUUAGUGUUCAAACUUGGGAGAAACUAUGUGAUCAAUUUCAUUCUAUUUCCACUCCUGGUGUUGAUGGGAAGUCCAAAUCAACCAAAUGCAAGGACUCGCGAAAGAAAGUCUCGACAGACCACCAUUGGGGUCGAACAAGUAUCAAUAGUUGGUCCCACAAUCAUUUUAAAAAAUUGGGCAAAAAUCCUACGGUGUUUGAUACGUAUAAGAAAGCAUAUAUGGGUAUUGAUGUACGGAGGGAAACCGGGCCAAGUAUUAGUGAGGAAGGAGAUACAGAAGAACCGUAUAAUGGGAUAGCAACUCCUGAACAACUUCGCAUUUCGGCUGAUUUGGAACGAGUGUACGAUGAGACAAUUCGUGAUGGAAGUGACGAAAGCACGGCCAACUCAAUUGCGAUAGAAAAAGUGCUCGGGAAAAGCAAAGGGCUUGGAAUUAAGAUUGCAACCACCACAAAGAGUUCAAAGUCGAGAUUUUCUUCAAUUCCGCCGGAAGUGCAAAUGGAAAUGAAUUCAAUGAAAGAGCAAAUGCUACUUAAAGAUGAAAAAAUGGAAAGAUUGGAAGCGGAAUUGAAAGAAACCCGAGAAAUUGUGAACACCUUGGUCGGCCGUUUUGGACUACAAGCCUCAACAUCGACUCCUUCCAAUGAUGGUGGAGUAUAAAAAGUGAUGAACUUUGUUUGGUUUUUGAAUUAAACUUUGCAACACUACAUUAUAUGCUUUUAAGUUUUAUGUACUUUUUUAAUUUAUGUUUUGUGCUACCUUGAUAUUUAAUCCGUAUAAUUGGUUUUAAUAUUUUCGAUA